CUGGCCCUGGAUGAUGAGACAGCUCGCAGGCUGUGGGAGGCAUGGCUGUGACACAGUGAUCGCCAGCCGAAACUUGGACAAGCUGAAAGAGGCAGCGAAAAAGCUGUCUGCUGCGUCCGGACGACGCUGCCUUCCAUUGUGUAUGGACGUGAGGCAGCCUGCGAGCAUCAACACUGCCGUGGAUGAGGCGCUUAAAGAGUUUGGUCACAUAGACAUCCUUAUCAACAACGCAGCUGGAAAUUUUAUCUGUCCUGCUUCUGCGCUCUCCUUCAACGCCUUCAAAACGGUCAUGGAGAUCGACACCAUGGGCACAUUCAAUACCAGCAAGGUGGUUUAUGAAAAAUGGUUUCAGGAUCAUGGUGGCAACAUAGUCAACAUCUCUGCAACACUUGCAUACAGAGGACAGGCCCUUCAGGUGCACGCUGGCUCUGCCAAGGCAGCAAACGAUGCCAUGACAAAGCACCUGGCUGUAGAGUGGGGGCCCAGCGGGGUGAGGGUCAAUGCCGUGGCUCCGGGGCCAAUCUCUGGCACCGAGGGUUUUCGCAGACUCGGUGGCGUUCGUGCAGAGGCGGACCAUUCCUUCCAGUCCAUUCCUCUGCAGCGAGUCGGCAACAAGACGGAGAUGGCCCACUGUGCCCUGUUCCUGGCCAGCCGAGCAUCGUCCUACGUGACCGGAGCCAUCCUGGUGGCGGAUGGCGGAGCGUGGCUGACCUCGGCCAACGACGUCUCCGUGCUGUUGGGUUAUUGGUCUGCUGAAAAGAAAAGAGACAAGUGAAGAGAAAUUCACCAUGUUAAUUGAGUACUGAUGUAUUUAAUCGUGUUUUCUUCCUGCAUUUUGAUGCCUUACUUGACUGUAAAACACUAACUCUGUAAUAUUAGUAUUAAAUCAAAUUAUCAAAUUAUUAAGAACAUUUCUAUUCCAGUGACAGUGUUUUAUUACAAUGUUCAAUAUUAUACAUUUCAUUAGCUCUUGUGUUUAUAACCUCAACGUUUGUAGCAAAUCAGUAAUAAAACUUUUAUCACUUGUAUUGUAA